UCAUUUUUUCAUAGUUACUGUACUGUACGUAUGUUGAAUAAAUUAUUAUACUCAUCGUUAAUGUCGAGACGUGCAGAAAACGUGAAAUACUAAAAUAAGUUACUAUAUUAUAGAAACGUUUUGGUUUUUAAAAGAUUGAAUCAAGGUUUAUGAAUAAGUUGAUUUGUUGAGCGGUUGUAGUCUGUUAGAGUUGAGCACACAUAAUUUAUUUCAAAAUUACCGCUUCCUUCAAUGCGUCAUGAAUAUCCAAUAAUCGUUUAACACGAAAAAAUUAUAUAACAUAUUUCAAAAAAUCUCAUUAUUUUUCUUUCAAGCCAUAUCGAUUUUCAAGUUGCUGAAUGUUUUAAAAACUAAUGUCAGUUUUGCGUUUUGGUUCGUCUGCUACACUACAACGGAUAGAUCAAUUUUUUAUUCAAGCUCAAGGUUAUUGAAUACGGCAUUGCAUUGCAGUUUGAUAUCGUAUUAUUAUUUCAUCAGUCUGUUUUCUUUCUUUUUAUAUUGGACAGUUUCAUCAUUUUUUAUAAAUGCAAUCGAUUCUUGCUAAGCACCUGUGUUUGGUUUUAACGAAAAAUACCGGUUGUAACACCUUUACUCGGACAUUCCUACCUGAAGCUUCACGUCGAAUUCAUCUGUCUUGCUCGCUCAAUAUGCCCGCUAAGGAAGGAGAUAAAAUUCCAGCAAUUGAGCUUUACGAAAACACACCAGCCAACAAAGUAAACCUUCAGGAUGAAACCAGUAAUAAAAAGGUCAUACUUUUCGGAGUUCCAGGUGCUUUUACGCCUGGCUGCUCAAAGACGCAUCUACCAGGCUACGUAGAGUCAGCUGAUGAUUUCAAAGCGAAGGGCUUUUCAGAAAUAUUUUGUAUUUCCGUAAAUGACCCCUUUGUCAUGGCUGCUUGGGGAGAGGCUCACAAAGUGCAAGGAAAGGUGCGCAUGUUGGGGGACCCAACGGGUGACUUCACAAAGAGUCUCGGCAUUGAGCAGGUGCUUCCCCCUCUUGGCGGUCUGCGAUCGAAGCGUUUCUCGAUGAUUGUCGAGAACGGAGUGAUCACCAAAGUGAACGUCGAGCCCGAUGGCACAGGCUUGAGCUGUUCGCUCGCCAACAACCUGCAAAUAUAAUCCAUCCAACCAGCAGUCAUCACCUUACUCGUAUGCUCUGUGCAGAUUACUCUAGAUUAGGUCAUGCUGUCAGAAUAUUAUCAGAUAGUAUUAAACUAAAUAAUGCAUCAAUCAACUAAAUGAUGUUACACAUAUUGAAUAGCUGCAAGUAAAAAUAAACCGUUCCUAAAACACUUAUAAUACAUCGAACCUAACUGUCUUUGUAACUAACCCUAUCCUAUCAUGUAUCUUCUAUCUCACUCUAUGUAUAAUUUAUCCUUUAUUAUUUAUCAUUCUGCUUCUUAGAAGAAUCUAUGUAGCCUAUUGCUGCUCCAUUACUUACCUCUUGUGUGAUCAAUCGGACUAAUUGUAAUUUUUAAAUAAAUAUUUUUAUUUUAUUAUACCCCA